AUGUUGGCUCCGCACGCUGGGCAGAGGAAGCCGUUACCUGGAGAUGUCGCAUCGCUGCUGCGGAUUAAUCGCCACGAGGCACGGGUGCUGUCAUCGAAAGCGCGUGCACCGUACAUGGUCAUGAUGGAGGUAGAAGAAAAGCCCUUGACCUCAAACAGUCCGGGUCGACCCGGGCUGCUGAGGCGGCUUUGCGGAGGGCGAAAGUCGCCGGUCCAGGCGACGCACCACUUCGCCGCAGUCCCGCCAAAGAGCUGGCCUCCAGAAGAUUGCUCCCCGUCCACCUCGAGAAGCAGCAGGGAAGCUCGCCCCAAAGGCGCUUUCCAUGAUGAGACCUGGUCCGAGGUUGUACAGCGCGUGCGGACGCAGAGCGACUUUGGGCGACGGCCGAACUGGAGCAUGAUUCCGUUGAUCGUAAAGAGCAACGCUGAUGAUGUGAGACAAGAAGAGCUCGCCUAUCGCCUGCUGAAGUGGUUUGAGAGGGUGUUUAGAAAGCACAAUCCCAAACUCUGGCUUCAGCCGUUCCUCAUUAUCGCGACGACCCACGAUGGGGGAGUUCUUGAGGUCGUGACGAAUGCCAUCAGCAUCAGCGAGCUCAAGAAGUCCUACGGUCAGAAGUGGGUCUCACUCAAAAGGUACUUUGAGGACAACUUCACCGGAGAUGACCGGCCGCAUGGAUUUGGGAGAGAAAAGUCUGUGUCCUUGCGAACGGCGACCAGCAACUUCAUCUAUUCCAUGGCCGCGUACUCGGUGAUCUGUUUUGUCCUUGCUAUACGAGAUCGGCACAAUGGCAACAUUAUGCUCAAUGAUGAGGGCCAUGUGCUACAUGUAGACUUCGGUUUCAUGCUCUGCGGCGCUCCCGGUGGGAAGGCGAUGCAGCACAUCGGCGGCUUCGAGCACUCUGCCGGCUUCAAGCUGACGAAUGAGCUCGUAGAGGUGCUCGGGCCCACGGACGGCAACGAGUUUAAGGACUUCCGUUCUGCCAUCCAAGAUGGCAUGAAAGCCGUGCGAGCACAUGCCCAGGAGCUCCUGGCAUUGCUUCAGCUCAGUAUGCUCGGCUCCGAGAAUAGUCAGAUGAACUGCUUUUGCCAUCCGCGUGGCUAUCCAGAGGCCGUGUUGGAAGACAUUUGCGACCGGCUCGGAUUGCCUGGCGGCGUCAGAAAUGGUGGCAACAGAAAAGUGUCGGAUGAGGAGUUCCGGCGAGACGUAGACAGGAUGAUUGAUGACUCCAUCGAUCACUGGCGGUCCCGUUUGUACGACUCCUAUCAGUAUCACUUCGUGGGCGUCCACUAG